UAAAAUUAUUUAUUUCUUUAAAAUUUAUAUUAUUUUAAGUGCUUUUUGCUAUUUAGUGAGUCAAGCUUGAGAGAAAAUAUGUAUUUAUAUGUACGAUAUUUCUACUAGAUUUUGGAAUGUGUUUUUACAAUUAACCUCGUACCUAAGUCCGUCAAUUUCAGGUUAUUAUAUCUGAAUCAAAGUGUCGUAAUCUAAUUAUGCUUCUUUCAUCAACAAUAAUUUUUCGUAUUAUUUCGACAUGAAUGCACAAAAACAGAUAAACCCAGUUAAAAUGUCUUUAAAGGAAGUCAAUAUAGGUACGAGGUAGACGUCCAUUUUUUCAAAAGCAUGUCAAAACGACACCGGAUUGAUGUUGGCGAUUCACAGCCCAAAAAACCAAAAGAUGAUGAAGAAGCACAAAAAGAGGCAGCUCUGGCAGCAAUCAAAGCAAUGCCAAAGAAACAAAUGUCUCUCAACCCAUUUACAGGUAUGCCAUAUACACAGAGGUAUUAUGAUAUCCUUAGAAAAAGAAUGCAACUUCCUGUCUGGGAAUACAAAGAAAAAUUCAACGAGGUCCUCAGUUCCAACAAGAUCAUGGUGCUUGUCGGAGAAACAGGCUCUGGUAAAACCACACAGAUUCCUCAAUGGUGUCUGGAAUGGGUGAGAGGUAGAUUCAACAAGAAGGCAGUUGCAUGUACUCAGCCACGUAGGGUAGCCGCAAUGUCGGUGGCACAGCGUGUGGCUGAUGAAGUUGAUGUAGGUAUUGGACAGGAGGUUGGAUACAGUAUACGUUUCGAGGAUUGUACAUCUUCAAAAACACAACUUAAAUAUAUGACAGAUGGUAUGUUACUGAGAGAGGCCAUGUCUGACCCCUUACUUGAAGCCUAUGGAGUGAUCUUACUCGAUGAGGCUCACGAACGAACUCUGGCAACAGACAUAUUGAUGGGUUUGAUAAAGGAGGUGACAAAACAAAGAGAAGAUCUCAAGAUUAUUAUUAUGAGUGCAACAUUGGAUGCUUCAAAAUUCCAGAACUAUUUUGACAAUGCCCCUCUUAUGAGUGUGCCAGGUAGAACACAUCCUGUAGAGAUCUUCUACACCCCAGAGCCAGAGAGAGACUACUUAGAGGCCUCUAUCAGAACAGUUAUACAGAUACACAUGUGUGAGGAGGUGGAAGGAGACAUCCUACUCUUCCUUACAGGACAAGAGGAAAUUGACGAGGCAUGUAAGAGGAUACAGCGUGAGAUUGACAAUCUUGGGCCAGAUGUUGGUGAAAUGAAAUGUAUUCCACUAUACAGUACACUGCCGCCUAACCUACAACAGAGAAUCUUUGAGUCAGCUCCACCCAAACGUUCAAAUGGAGCCAUUGGCCGUAAAUGCGUUGUGUCCACAAACAUCGCUGAGACUUCUUUGACCAUCGAUGGUAUUGUUUUUGUGAUUGACCCAGGUUUUGCAAAACAAAAGGUAUACAAUCCACGUAUAAGAGUAGAAUCAUUACUCGUGUCAGCCAUUAGUAAGGCCAGUGCCCAACAGAGGGCAGGUCGUGCUGGACGUACACGUCCUGGGAAAUGUUUCCGAUUAUACACAGAAAAAGCGUACAAACAGGAAAUGCAAGAGAACACAUAUCCUGAGAUUCUUCGAUCAAAUCUCGGGUCCGUUGUACUGCAGUUGAAGAAACUUGGAAUUGAUGAUCUUGUACAUUUUGAUUUUAUGGAUCCACCAGCACCUGAGACUCUGAUGAGAGCCCUUGAACUGUUGAACUACCUUGCAUCAUUAGAUGACGAUGGAGAGCUAACAGAGCUUGGUUCCAUGAUGGCUGAAUUCCCCCUAGAUCCACAGCUUGCUAAAAUGGUGAUUGCAAGUUGUGAUGCAUCAUGCUCCAAUGAAAUACUCUCAAUCACAGCAAUGUUGUCAGUACCCCAGUGCUUUGUAAGACCAACUGAAGCGAAGAAAGCCGCUGACGAAGCCAAAAUGAGAUUUGCCCACAUUGAUGGUGAUCAUCUGACCCUACUCAAUGUCUACCAUGCUUUCAAGCAAAAUCAUGAAGACCCACAAUGGUGUUACGACAACUUCGUCAACUUCCGUUCUCUGAAGAGUGCUGACAAUGUGCGCCAACAGCUGGCUAGGAUCAUGGAUAGGUUUAAUCUGAAGCGCACAAGCACAGACUUUACCAGUCGAGACUACUACAUCAACAUUAGACGAGCACUUGUUUCCGGCUUCUUCAUGCAGGUUGCCCAUCUGGAAAGGACUGGCCAUUAUCUGACCUGCAAAGACAACCAAAUAGUUCAGCUACAUCCAAGCACUUGUCUUGACCACAAGCCAGAGUGGGUAGUGUACAAUGAAUUUGUGUUGACAACCAAGAACUACAUACGCACAGUGACAGAUGUUAAACCAGAAUGGCUAGUUCGUAUAGCACCCCAGUACUUUGAUAUGUCCAACUUUCCUAUGUGUGAGGCCAAGAGAGUCCUAGAGAGAAUCUUCUUGAAAUUGAAUGCGAAAGACACAUACGACCAACAGCAAAUGUACACCCAGCAAGCUGCUGCUAUCUCUUCUGGGGAAGGGGGAGGCAGCUACGGCAGUGGAGGAGGUGGGGGCUAUGGCAAUAGAUAUUAGAUACAGUACCUUUGAGAUCAAUGGAAUUCACCACGACAGGCAUUUUUUUUCUGUAUGUGUACAUGUUUAUGAAAAUUGAGUGGCAAAAAAUGCAAGAAGAAGGACUAAGUGACUGUGGAAAUAGUAUGUCUUUUGGCCUAUAUUGGUGUCGUAAAAACAUUGUCCUUUAAAUGAGCAGUGAAGACACUUCUAAAAGUGUGACCACCUCAAUUUAAAGUCCAAAAUUGAGGAUUUACUUAGAACAAUUGAGGGAUUCUUGAAAAUAUUGUCUGACUGUAUUGUUCUGACUUUCAAUUGUCUUUCAUGAAGUUAGAUGGUGUCAUUAGAACCAACUGAACUCCAUAAUUUCUGUUUUUAAAAUUAGUUAUUUUGACAUUAUAAAUGCUAUUAU